AUGACGAAUAAGCUUCUUUCGCCGACGACUCGGACGACGAGGACGCCGACAAUGGACCAUCCCCUCGUGGCGAGUCCCAUGACUAAAAGAAGAGAGUCGCCGAAACCACCGUUUUCUACCCCGAAGAGAGGAAGAACGAGCAAAAACAUGAUGAGUUCUUCUUCUCACCUUUCGCCACAAAACGGCAGUCAAAUGCGUUUGAAUUUCACCCAAAACUCGAAUAAGGGAAAAGGUGGGUCGCUUCCGCCGUCUCCGGUCGACGAGACCGUUCUGUUCGCCGACGAUGUUGAUUCAGACGAGGAGGAGGAAGAGGAGAACGAGGUAUUCGAAGACGCCGGGACGCCUUUCGUUGAAGAUGAAAAUAAUGAAAAUCUCCAACCACCUUUAAACAACAACAGUACGGCGAAGAGAGUGGAAAAAGGCGCGUUGAAUCGAGCUUUGCGAAGAGAGUUAUAUCAGCUCACAAAAUCGAGGGACGAGGUAUCCUUGGAGUUGACUAGAUUAAGAAACGACCACGAACGGGUGCAAGCGAUGCGCGCGAGCGAGAUGGAGGCUUUGAACAUGCACAAGAGUCGCAUCGCGGACGCGGCGCAAGCGACGGCGAAAGAGGCGAAUCGAGUGGAAGAGAUGAAGAAAGAUGUGAUCGAGAGGGAGAGGAGAAUGAAGGAGGAGUUGGAAGAGGCGAUGCAGUUGAAGCGAGACGCAGAGGAGAUGCGGAUAGAGGCGGAGGAGUUCUUAGAGAGGCAAAGAAGGGCGGAAAAAGCGGAAGCGAAGAUGGAGGAGAAAGGAAGGGACAUCGAGAGAAUGAACGAGUGGUCGAACGAACGCAUGGAUGAGUUGGAGAGGAAACAAGAGCAAGUAGCGGUGGCGAACGCGGCGUGCGAACGCGAAGCGGGUUUAUUGAAGAGAGAUUACGAGCGGUUUGAAAAGAACAGACGGGAGGUUUCGAGAGCGUUUGCGAAAAGAGAGAUGGACGCGUUGAAAAGAGAGGAGUCGUGCGAAGAUCGCGAAAGGAGAGCAGAGAGAGCAACAAAGAUGCGCGAGGAGGAGGAACGUUUAUUAGUAGAAGCGCAAGAGAAGAAAUAUUUAGCCGAAAAGCAUUUGAGAGAGUUUCUCGAGAAAAUGAAAGAGGCUGAAUCGAAUGCGAAGAAGAUUGAACAGGCGAAGGAAGACGCCAGGUUGAAAAUGAGAGAGUUGGAUCAACUCUUCUCCGAGAAGAAAGCAGCAAUUGAACAAGCCGAACACGCGCUGAAGAAAGCAAAAGUCGAAAGAGAACAGAUUAAAGAGGAGCUGGACGCUCGCGAACGUCACACCGCCGCGGCUGCAGAAGCCGCCGCGAAAGAGUGCGAUACGGUUGCGAACGCUUGGGCGAAGGUCACCGAAGGACGCAAAGAGCUCGAAAAACGCGAGCAGGAUUUGAAAAUCGCAUCGAGCACGAUUGCAGAACGCUUAUAUUUCAUGAAAGCCGGCGACGAGGAGUUGGAAGAGAAAGGGAGAGCGUUGGAACAAUUGGCCGCGGAAAUUCAAAAAGUCGAGUUGGAAUUAAAGAAAGAUCGCGACCGGGUAGAAGAGGAAAAACAAACGAUGCACAAGAAGCGAGAGAUGAUGGAAGAAGCCGAGCGAACCGCAAAGUUUCGCGUGAACGAAAUCGAAAAUAGGGAGUUACAAUUAGACGCUCGAGAAAACGAUGUCGCUUCGCAGCUUUCUCGCGCCGCGAUGGUUGAAGAGAACUUGAAGAAAAGAGAGAGCGAUUUGAGAGCGUUGAUGCGGAGCGGCGAAGGCCAACGCGCGACGACUGUUCGCGAGUUGGAAUCUGAAGUCGAAGAGAAGGCGAAAGAUAUCGAACGAUUAAAGGCAAAGCUGGAAGAGUCUGCGAGCGAUUCGGAAUCAAGUUUGAAAAAACUCACGAACGAGAUGGACGUUAUGCGGGAAUCGUUUCGAACGAAAGAGAUUGAAAUCGAGGCGCACAGGAAAGCGUUGGAGAAUCAAUUGAACGAAGCGCGAAAGGAGAACAGAGAUUUGGUUUCCGAAGCCGCCGAGGCGAGGAAGGAACGAGAAACGGCGUUAUUGCGCAUGAGAGAUGGUUCUGCUCAAACGACAACAACAUCAACGCAUAAGAAAAAUACUGGAACGCAAAGCAACGACUUUGCUUUUCCCAUCGUUGAUACUACUCGCAACGAACAACAAAUCGACGCGAUGCGAAGCGAAAUCGCGUUACUCAAACGCGAAAUCGCAUCGCACCAAACACACAGAGACCAUUUGGAAACGCAGCUCGCCGAGGCUCGUCAACUGGCGAGCGCUAACUCGCCGAGCGGUAAGACGAAGAAAGAAACCGAACGUCGCAAAGCGUGGGAGAAAAGCGCCAUGGAGGCAGUCAGAGACGCGAGGGAUGCGUUGGAUGCGCGCGCGGAAACGGUGAAAAAAGCCGCGAUGGAUGUCAAGAAACGCGAAGAGAACGCGAAACGAAGAGAAAACGAGCUUUUAGACGGUUUAGAGCGUGUGGAAAAAGAGUACGCGAAAGCUCGCCAAGCCGUCGCCGCCGCCGAAUCCGAACGAAUCGACAUCGAAGCUCGUCGCGAAUACGUCCGACGAGAACAACUGGAGUUGGAAAAGCACAAAGCCGUCAACGAUGCGUUCAGAACCGAUGAAGACUCGUUGAAAAAAAAACUCAAAGCGGUCUCUCGCGAUCUCGAAGACGCCGAGCGUAAGCUCGAAAACGUCACGCACAUGGUCUCUAUUCGCAAACAAGAACUCAGCGGUUUAGACUUGGCGAAUAUCAACGCGACUCGCAUUGUAGAUUUAGAACAGCGCGAAUUGAAAAUCCGCGAGUUUACGGAUAAAGUCCACCCUGCGCUCCUUCGCGAAGCGGAAUCGUUGAAAGAAGCCGGCGAUGUUUUACAAAAAGAGAAGAUUGAGCUGCAAAAUUCCUGGCUCGCUUUGCAAAAUCGAGAGAAGAUGAUGAACGAGCACGCGGCUACGAACAACGCGCGCAUCUGCGAAUUGAAAGAGUUUGAGAAAUCGUUGAUGGUAGAACGCGACGAACUUCUCGCAUUUCGCGAGGAUCUUCUGGAAAAGCAACAAAAACUCGUCCACGCGGAAGACAUCAUUCACCGCGCGGAGAAAGAAAAGAAAGCUUUAGAGAAGAAACGCAAACACGCGACUCGAGAACACACGUUGGACGAAACGAAAUCCUCCUUAAAACGACUCUUGACGCAAAUCAAAACCCGAGAAGGAGAAGCGCACCGUAAACUCAAGCGAUGCGAAACGCUCUUACACCGCGAAAACAUCCACAACUUGCGCGCGAGUUUACUCAAAGUCACCGAAACUCGCGAAGCGCUCGAACGCGACGUGGUAGUCUCGUCGUCGCGGAGCGAAAGAGACGAAGACGAAGACGGCGACGAGAGCGUUCACGUCUUUCAAUCCUUACUUCGACGAUGCGAACGACAGCUCGUCCGCGCGAACGACUGGUUCGCAGACUUGCAAAACGAGUUGGAAAGCUACCACCAAUCUCAGGCUAGUUUGAGAUGA